ACUGACAUUAAAAAUAUAAUAUGCAAUUUAUUUUAUUGUUUUGUUUAUUGUAUUUAUUGUUUUAAAAUUUUACUUCAUUUUUUUAAAUUAAAAUUAUUCCGAUAAAAGAAUCUUACAUCUGGUUUUACUUUUAGUAUUAAUUUAUUUUAUUUAUUUUAUUCAAACCAAAAAUUUAUCUUAAUAAAAUGGAAUUAAUUUUAUACUACCAUAAAAUUGCGUAUAAUUUCAUAAUGCACACUCUUCUAACAGUAACUAGAAAUAUGUCUGAACAAAGCUCUACAAUUUUUUUUAAUUUUCUAUAACAAAAAAUUAUUACCGCAAUAUAAACACAAUUUUAGAAAUUAUUAAUUAUAAUAUCUUUUAAAACUUUCAUUAUUAAAUGGCUCGUGCUACAGCUUGUACUGUAUUCUAUAUCGUUAUAGUAGUAUAUAUACACCAUAAAGUAAACGGACUGACUUGUGUGCCGGUAUUAUCUACUGGACGAACUGUUUCGUGGCGCGAAUUGUUACCGACGUAACGCGUUUGCACAAAACGACAACACGUGAGGAAGACGUUCACGUUGUAACGUGUGUCAGAUCUCACGUGCAGAAAAAUAAUUGAGUAAAUCAGUGAAGUGAUUUAUAUAGUAUAAAUAAUGAGUGAGACGUAUAAGCGAAAGUAUUUGCCACUUUCCCGUCGUCGACUUUCUACAAAGAGAGGCUGGGUACAAAGGCGACGGUUAAUGAAGCAGUUGCAAACAAUUCUGGAAGAUGAUAAUAGUAUUGAAACAAACAAUACUAAAAAUCAAUCUCUUUAUUGUCAGGAGUCAAUAAAUCGAACUACUCCCGAUGUGAUAGAUUUGGAAAAUGCAACUGAUAAAAUAUUAAACGUAAGUACAAUCAAAGUAACAAUCAAAGAAAAUAAAUACGAAAAAGUCGACAAUAGCGAAAAUGACGACGUACUUGUUGUUGACAACACAGGUGUUCUGGACAUAGGUGCUAUCCAAGAGAACUUACCUGAAGGUCGUCGCAUUGUCGAUCUACGUUUCGUAUUGAGGGAAGUACGCAGGUCCUAUGUUGAACAUAAACGAGGAAUAGAUUGCUCGUUUAAUGAUUGGAUACCUGUGAAGUUCCAUUGCCGUGGGUUAUUGACACAAGUAUUUUACAAGUGUAAAAUGUGUCAUUAUGAAACUAGCAUUUGGUCAGAACCCACGGAAUCUGAUAAGCUAGAUAUUAAUACAGCUGCUGUAUCCGCAACGAUUACAGCUGGAAUUGGUUAUUCAACGCUGCACGAGAUGUGUGCAGGAAUGAAUAUUUCUUGCAUGUCUGAAGUCACUUAUAUUAAAUAUCGAGAAAAAGUUUUCGAAAAUUUUCAAGAAACUGCCUUGGAAAAUAUGAAAAAGGCAGGCGAGAUUGAAAAACAACUAGCGAUAGAGAAUAAUGAAGUAAUAGAUGGAAAGGGACUCAUAGCUGUUGUUGCGGAUGGCAGUUGGAAUAAGAGAUCGUACGGUAAAGGUUAUGAUUCCCUUUCCGGUGUGGGUACAAUACUUGGCUACCGAACACGGAAAGUUCUCUACAUGGGUGUUUUCAAUAAAUAUUGCUCGCAAUGUGACUAUGACGAGCGAAAUGGUUGUGAACCAAAAAUUCAUAAGUGCUUUAAAAAUUUUGAUCGCAAUAUAAGUUCCACACGUAUGGAAAGCGAUGCUAUUGCACAAGGUUUCAACUGUAGUAUUGAAAUGCAUGGAUUAGUUUACAAAACACUUAUCGCCGAUGGCGACAGUAGUGUAUAUAAAAGCAUUAGAGACAAUGAUCCAUAUCGCAAACUGAUGAUAACGGUUGAAAAAAUAGAAUGCAAUAAUCAUAUGUUUCGCAAUUUUGAUAAAAAGAUGGAUAUCGUAAGUGCAAUGACUCAAUCGAAAACGAAAAAAAAGACCUGGUUUUAUUGAGACAAGAAAGAUUGUUAAAAAAUAUAAGCAAAAAAUUCGAGAGGAGGUGAUGCAAGCAGCUUCGUUACAAAGAGAAAAA